UCCUGUGACAAACCGCUGUGGUUGUGCACGCCGGAGACUUCCGGUUUGAUGCUCCAGGCGCGAGUGCGAUUUUACAGGUGAGCAGCAGCAGGUGCCCAUCGGAAGCCACGUGAAAGGUUACCUCCUCCCUUAGGACCCAUCAUAGGGAAGCAGGAACAACACAAGACCUAAAGAUAAACCAGAAGGAAGUGACAUCAGCAUCACAGGUUCUUCUUGUUUUGUUCGGUCUAGAUUCCUGCGUGUCAGUAUGAAGUUUAAACAUGAAGUGAGUCCUGUAGUGCUGCUCGUAUUUCGAGUGCUGGUUUGGCUGUACUCUCUUGUCUCAUACCUGCCGUACCUGUUGCUGAGAUCAUCCGACUCUGAGUCUCUGUCUGAGUGCUCGCGGAGAAUAAAAGCCCGCUCGGCGAGCGGUCAGGUGGCGGGACCGUACCGGGACGUCAAUGCCCUGAGGGAGCUCACUGUGUCUGUUCAGCCCGGGGUGAACACGCUUGAUCAGGUGUUGAAAGCAUCUGUGAGCCAAUAUCCUGAUCAUGACUGCCUGGGCACCAGAGAGCUGCUGAGUGAGGAAGAUGAGCUACAGGAGGAUGGAAGAGUCUUCAAGAAGGUAAUAUUAGGAGAAUAUCGUUGGAUGUCGUAUGAUCGGGUCUAUAAGGAGGUUAAAGUGUUUGGGAGCGGUCUGGCUGCUCUGGGACAGAAACCACUGACAAACAUCGCUAUCUUUUGUGAGACGAGAGCCGAGUGGAUCAUAGCAGCUCAGGCCUGUUUCAUGCACAACUUCCCACUGGUAACUCUUUACUCUACUCUGGGUGGUCCUGCGAUUGCUCAUGGACUGAAUGAAGCUGAAGUUUCUCACAUCAUCACCAGUAAAGAACUUCUGAAAACUAAACUCAAGGAUAUUCUGCUGGAGGUACCGAGGUUACGUCACAUCAUUGUUGUGGAUGAUAAGUUUAGCGUCGGGUCUGAUUUCCCUCGAGGGAUCACUGUCCACAGUAUGGCCGCUGUUCAGAGACUGGGAGCUCAGCCUGAGAAUGCGUCAAAGCAGAGACGAGCCCCGUGUGCAUCUGAUGUUGCCGUGAUAAUGUACACAAGCGGAUCCACUGGAAUUCCGAAAGGAGUCAUGAUAUCCCACAGUAACAUUAUUGCGGGAAUCACUGGGAUGUCAGAGAGGAUUCCCAACCUCGGUAAGGGUGAUACAUACAUCGGUUAUCUUCCACUGGCUCAUGUCUUAGAGUUGAGCGCUGAGUUGGUGUGUUUAGCUCAUGGCUGUAGAAUCGGCUACUCCUCCCCAUUAACACUCGCUGACCAGUCAACAAAGAUAAAGAAAGGAAGCAAAGGAGAUUGUAGCGUCUUGCAGCCCAGUCUCAUGGCAGCAGUACCAGAGAUCAUGGAUCGUAUCUAUAAGAAUGUGAUGCUUAAGGUGGAGCAGAUGAGCGUUUUUCAGAGAACUUUGUUUCUUCUGGCUUACAACUACAAGAUGGAGCAGCUCGCAAUGGGAUACAGCACUCCUCUGUGUGACCGGUUGGUCUUCCGGAAGGUUCGGGCGUUGCUAGGUGGCCGUUUACGGGUGUUGUUAUCAGGCGGCGCCCCAUUGUCGGCCGUGACCCAGCGCUUCAUGAACGUCUGUUUCUGUUGUCCUGUGGGUCAGGGGUACGGCCUCACAGAGACCUGCGGCGCUGGAACCAUCAGCCAACUUUGGGAUUAUAGUACGGGAAGAGUCGGAGCACCUCUGGUUUGCUGUGAACUUCAACUGAAGGACUGGGCAGAGGGUGGAUAUCGGAGCACAGAUAAACCUUGUCCACGAGGAGAGAUUCUGAUUGGUGGACCCAGUGUAACCAUGGGUUACUACAAGAACAAGGAGAAGAACGGUGAGGAUUUCUUUGUGGAUGAGAACGGCCAGCGAUGGUUCUGCACUGGAGACAUUGGGGAAAUCCACGGAGACGGAUGCUUGAAGAUUAUUGACCGUAAGAAGGAUCUGGUGAAGCUACAGGCUGGAGAAUAUGUUUCUCUGGGAAAGGUAGAAGCUGUCCUGAAAAACUGCCCUCUCAUCGACAACAUCUGUGCUUAUGCCAACAGCGAUGAGUCGUACGUGAUUGGGUUUGUGGUACCGAAUGAGAAGCACCUCCUUGCACUCGCAGAGGGGAGGUGUGUCAGGGGUUCAAGGGAGGAUCUUUGCAACAACCCUGUCAUUGAGGAGGAGGUGCUUAAAGUCAUCACAGAUACGGCACUGGCAGGCCAGCUUGAACGGUUUGAGAUACCACGAAAGAUCAGCUUGAGCUCGGAUCCCUGGACCCCAGAGACCGGCCUGGUGACAGACGCUUUUAAACUCAAACGAAAGGAACUGAAAACUCAUUACCAGCGUGACAUUGAGAAAAUGUACGGUGCUAAAUAAAAACCGGAGAAACCUGAAGCAACAGUCAGAUUUCAUUCUAGCAACCCACAGUCUGAACAGAGGAUUCUUAUGGACGUUAUAAACAUGAACAAAAAACAAUAUUUGAUGUUGGACGCUUCACACCAACACCACACAGACGAUACUAAUUAAUAUGUAAGUGAUGUUAGCAACUGAAUUAGACACACCCCUCUCUAAAACCCCACCCACAUACAACACCAGCUAAUCCACUAAUUAUUUUUUUGCUGUGUAUAGAUCAGUGUUUCUCAACCAGGAGACCUCAAUAUGACUUUAAAAAAAUACAUUUUAUUUUAUAUUUUAUUAGGUAGAAAUUACGAGUGGGGUGGGGCUUCAGAUAUUGUUGGUGUGGACAAUAGGGUAAUUGAAGUCAAAAUGUUGUGAUGCACUGUUAAUGGGGCGAUUCCUCGGACAGGGAUUAGACUAGUCCUAGACUAAAAUAAAUUAAGAACUGUCUAAACUAAAAAGAACUACUGACAUCUUAAAAUACAUCAGUGCCCUUUGUUUUGCCUCAAAAUGCACACAAGUAAUGUUUUUAGUAAGGCAUGUUUGUUAAAACUAGUUAUAUUUUCUAAUUAAACUAAGGCCUAGUCCUGGCUUAAACUAAUCGCUGUCUGGGAAACCACCCCAUAGAGUUUAGGCCUGUCUCAGAGACUGGUGUGAUUUCUCAGGAAACCAAUUUUUAUUGAUACCUGUAAGGUAGUAGGAAUAUUUUUAGGGGAACGAUUUAAGGGGCAACCAAUGAAACUGUGAUUGUUUAAAAUACUUUGAAUAAUGUUUUGAGUUUCUCACAUUCAAUAGAGGUGAUUCAUGAUGCCAUAGAUGAACCAUUUUCCAUAAAGAACCUUUAACAUCUGAAAAAACUUUGUGUUUCACAAUGGUUCUUCUUUGGCAUCCCUGUGAAGAACCUUUUAAGCACCUUUGUUUCUUUAGAUGGAAGUCUGUGUGUCCAAUCAGAUUGAAGGACCAAAAUUAACUGUUCUGUCCCAUACAUGAGCAGUGCAUCAUGGGAUACUGUAUGUUUGUGCUGUCAUUAGGAAACUUAAAGACAUUAAACUGAGUGUGAUGUCAGA